GAACCUAUUGCAUUUGAUCUAUCAGCAUGAGCGACGUGUACGUGGCCCUCUAUAUCGCCACCACCUGCGACGACAGCAGCACGUACAUCUCCCGGGAUGCCACCGAGAUCAUCGAGUUGGCGUGGAGUGUUAUCGACGCCGCCUCGCUCGAUAUCACCCACUCCGGCCGAGUCUUGGUGUGCCCCACCAACACCCCCAUCACUCCCUACUGCACACACGUGACACGUUUGACCUACGAAGAUGUUAAGUGCGCUGUGCACUUCAAGGACGCGGUGGCCCAGUUCGACAAAGCUCUUCAAACGACGGUGAUCAGUGAAGGUAAACAGUUUUCGUUUGUGUCGAUGGAUAUCAGUAAAUUACGGGUCCAGCUCCCACGUGAAGCCCGCGAUAAGGCGGUGGUGUUGCCUCCCUACCUCCAGCACCCACGGGCAUUUGACUUACAAAAUGAGUACUGUAAAUGGCAGACUCCCGUGCUGGACUUGACGCCGCCACCGCUGGCGUCGUCUGCCACGCCGCCGCCCGCUGGUACCACUGAUUCCCACCCCCCGGCCAUCAGCACCAUCUACGCCAAGAUCCUUGUCCAGCUCGCUAAAAAAUCCCUCCCUGUUGAAGCUCACCCUUCCGUGUUGUCAAAGCCGUACGACUCAAGCCAGGAUGUCAAAUCGUUUUUGAACGAACGGUCUAAAAUCUUGUACAUAGCCAAUUUGCUGUAUGACACCACCCAAUCAGAGCUUGAGCUGUGGUUCACCCAGUACGGUGCUCGUCCCAUAGCAUUUUGGACCCUCAAAAACCUCGAGCUGGGGCUGCAGAACGGGUCCAAUGCCGGCAUCAAUGCUGGUAAAUCAAAGCUGAAGGGAAUUUCUGGAUUUGCAGUGUUUGGCACCCACGAAGAGGCUACCGAGACGCUCUCGCUAAACGGGCGCGCGUUGAACGAUCGCGCCGUGGAAAUCCAGCCGCUGUCGACCCACGUUUUGGACAAGGCCAGCGAGCUUUUGACACCAUUUCCUCCCUCCAAAAACCGUCCUCGUCCCGGGGACUGGACCUGCCCUUCAUGUGGAUUCUCCAAUUUCCAGCGACGGACAGCGUGUUUCCGGUGUCUGUUCCCCACGACCAGCGCGGUGACAUUUCUGGAACACCUCCAUCCUAAUGGUCCUCGUCGCCAAACCAGCGCCCCGCCAGAGCGCAUCGAUAAGCAGAACAUGGGCGGAAUUUACUACGACUCGUACCACGGACAGGGCCACCACCGCCCCAACAGCGCCGGCGGCCACCACAACCCCGCGAACUCAGUACCGUUUCGCGCUGGAGACUGGAAGUGCACCAACGAUCAAUGUCAGUACCACAACUUUGCAAAGAACUUGGUAUGCUUAAAGUGUGGAAUGAACAAGCCUUUAAAUAUGCAUUCGAAGGUGGGCCACAUGCACAACAUCAACUCUACGGCAGCGGCUAUCGCUGCUGCCACUGCCAGCGGCCAGCCGUUGAAUUUGAAUUCGCAGCCCCAAAAACAAACACAGUAUAAAAUAGGAUCGACGAACUUGAGUAGAACCAGUUCCAAUGGAACACAUCUGUCGAUAGGCCAGACUAUGGCAUCUCAAACAAUGGGCCAGCUGUUGUCGAAUCAGCUGGUGCAACAGCCUCACAUCCUUUCGCAGCAAUAUGUUGCUGGCACCAAGUUCUCGUCGCCCGCGCCUGCCACCACCGCCAGCUCGCCCGGUAUGUAUCAGGCCUACGGCUAUUCGCAGUACCAAGCGAUGAACGGCCAGGAUCCGGCCCUCAACUUCAACUCCAUCUCCAACCAAUUCAACUCGUUGAACUUAAACAACAACUAGUUGGCAUUGGCAUUUCAUAUUUGCAUCAAGGUUAUAGAUAGCGGAGGUACCGCUUGGGUAUUGUAGUGUACCGGGUAUUGGAAUGAAUAUAAUUAUGGACCCUCU